UCGAGUGAACACUAGAAUUGUAUCGGCGCCGCUUCACAGCAGCAUUAUGCGUGUGAACUGUCUUAUCAAAUUAGUUCAUUUUAGUUAUUAACAAUGGCUGCAUCUGUAAACUAUUCAGUUGUUUACAUAACUACUUCUUCCACGGUGAUUUAGGAAAAUACAGAUAAUCCAAGAAGUACAGCAGGUAUUGUAAUGCUUGAUGUGGACAUUUGCCAUGCAUUACCUAAACUGAAGGUAAGAGUCGGGAACCAUCAGAUUAUAAGAAGGGUGAUUUCUGCAUUAAUUAUCUGCGCAUCUUUGGAUACUCGUCUUUUUUCUUCACUCUCCUACCUCAGUUCAAGAAAAUAGUACUUCAUACUGUUGAUUCCAGUAGAUAGAUUUUCUUAAAUCAAGAAAAAUGCAGGACUUCGGGCUGACUUAAGGGAAAGAAACGGUCCCCCUUUGGAUUCAAAGUGGAUCUGUUAUUUUUUACAUACAAAAUGCAAUGGAGUGCACAGAGAAGAGGAUUUUUUAUGUAACAUUACUUCAGCCGCAUCUUUUAAUUUUUAUUUUGUCUUCUAAUUUUGAUAUGGACUCUCGCGCAGGCGUGCUGGCCAGGAUUCUGCAGCCCUGGCUCAGUACAGUUUUGUUCAAUGUGAAGGAAAGUGUACAACACAGACCCUAAAAAUGCAGGGGCACACUUUUCUCACUGUGGCGAAGGGAUUUAUUUGUGAUCCUUAAAAAUCUCCUGACCUGUACCCAAGAAUGUCAGGGAAAUCAAAGGCAGAGUCGUCAGAGGGAACAGCCUCCAAAGCCAAGGUAAAAGAGCAGAUCAAGACAAUUGUGGAGGAUCUAGAAAUUGUCCUGGGCGACUUGAAGGAUGUAGCAAAAGAACUCAAAGAGAAGAGCCACACAAGCCAGCUAAAACAGGUCCAACUUCUUGUCCCACAGCAAAAGGAGGUAGUUCACCAGAUAGACUCACUUACCUGUGACCUGCAGCUUGAGGAAGAAAUGACAGACAGUUCUAAGACAGAUACGCUUAACAGCAGUUCCAGUAGCACAACCACAACCACUGCCUCCAGCAUUGAAAAGGUCAAGCUGCACUCAGAAGGACAAAUCAUCAAGGCUCUACCAGCCCCACCAGCUAUCCUGACGGUGUUAAAGAAACCAAAUCCCCCUCCUCCACCACCACGCUUGACUCCAGUCAGAUGUGAUGAUUUGAAUAAGACUCUACCUUCAGGGAACCCUCUUAAGACAAAUGGAACUCUUCUUCGGAAUGGAGCCUUAGCUUUACCAGGGAUACAAAAAAAGGUGCCGAAUGGAGAUGUUUGCUGUAUUUCCAAAAACAUCCCAGAGAAAGUGCCCAUACCACCGCUUCUGCUAAGGCCUGAUAAAGACAGAUGCCCACAGGCAACGAGAGAGAGGGUCCGAUUCAGUGAAAAAGUGCAGUAUCAUGGUUACUGCCCAGACUGUGAUGUGCGAUACGAUAUUAAAAACAGGGAUGUUCACUUACACACUGAACCCCUUCACACAAAAUUAAAACCACCUCAUCACUGUCUCCCACCACCACCUCCUCUGCCUCCUUUUGAAAAUGGUGGGAUAGGUAUAAGUAUCAGUCAUAGUUUUCCUCCCGUGAACCCUGGAUCUGUGCCUCAUCCAGUUGCUCCUAAACCACAGAAGACUAUCCUCAGAAAAUCAACCACUACAACAGUUUGAUAUAUACUGUUUGACAGCUUUCUAAUUUAUCAUUAUUAUUUUUUUAAUGUUAUGAGCACUGUCUACUCCAGGAAAAAAAAAAUUGCAAAACAGGAUGUAAAAAAUAAUUAAUCCACCACCAGUCAUUUUCAAGAAAAUAGCAAGAAAACACAGACAUGCUCCUUCUGACUCAAAGGCAAAACAAUAUUUGGAGACACGUCAGUAAAUUUUGUUCAAUUUGAUACUUCAUCAUUACAUUUGCAAGCCACUUUUAAUUUGGCAGCUACUCCCGAUGUUUCCACCAAGCACCAGAAAUCCCUCUUGAAGAAGAAGAGUUUUGGAGUCAUCUGCUGCAAAGUGUCUACGAUCUUAUAGCCACAAACUUACACAUUAAGAAUGCUGAAAAUUCAAGUUCAGUUUCCCCUGAAGUUGUCAAUGACACCUGGGUUAAAUCAAACAUUUUUGCUUCUGAAUAAUUCACAUUUGGAACAAGAAACAACUUGGGGAACUCAACAAAAGCAAUCGAAAUAUGAAGUCCUAAUUUUGGAAUUUAUCAUAAAUUCUUUCUAAGCAUAAAAGGGAAAUAUAAACCUCAUUCUGCAAGACUACUGAAAACCUCCAGGAGGGAAUGAACUGUUUACAGCGCUACUGAAAUAAUUCUUUGGGAUAUCAAGAAAGGAGGAAAUUUACGAAAGACCAUUAGGAAAAAUAUCUCAUGUCAUAUUCUUUUUUAAGCCAUAAAAACAAAGAUUGACAUGCACACUUGUGUUUUCCCUUUCUGGCAUGUAUUGUUGCCAGAUAAUUCUAAAAAAUGAACUAUUUCAGUGUCUUGGCAAUUGCAUCUUAGUGGUCCUCUGAUAUUUGUAUCCUCACUUCCAUUCAGGGAAAUGAAUGUGUGCAGUCAUUUUCACAGAAGCUGAAUCUUGUGGUGGCUCAGUAUCUGAAGAAACUGAUAUUGCACUUUCUUAAACAGCCAGCCAGAUUUUGCUCUUCAGGGGAUGUUUUAUAUCCAAUGCAAAGUCAGCAAAAUAACAAAAAUCUUGAGAUCACACACAGUAAAACAAAAAUAGAAAUUAACAAAUAAAAAUUAAUAAACAGGGAGCUGGUUUGGAGAAAGAAGUAAAUAGAAAUUUAGCACCUGAUAAAUUGUUUAGUGCCAAGUAAAAUGUCGGAAGUGACAGAAAAGGUCCACUUAUUUUGCAAUUGUGCAUUUAGAUCACACCUUUAUCUGUAAUCUGGCGUGAAAAACUUUUAUAAUAGACAACUGAAUUUUGUUGAGCUGUAGCAAACAACAAAAGCACUUUUGAUUCAUUAUUUUUUUAGAAAUGACUUAUUUGUAUGGAUUACCCAUUUCAUGAUUAGUAUGUGACUUCUUAAAACUGUAUUUGUUUAUAUUCAUUUAUAUAUCCUCAUGAUGCAAGCUCUGUGUUUAAUUCUGACUUUCAAAUAUGUGGCAUAAAGCUUUAAACAAAGGAAACACUUUAAGAAUGAUUAAAGUAUAUUUCUAUUUGUACAUCUAUAUAUUUAGAGGUAUUUUAUAAUAGAAUUUUGGAAUACAAAAAAGGAUAUUUUGAUAAUACUAAGAUGGAGAAGAGUGUAAGAAAGAUGGUUACUAAAGGCGUAAACAUCUAUUAUAACCAAGUCAUACCCAAAUUGUAAUAUCAUUAUUGUUAUCACUGAAAUGUUUUCAGUUCAAUCUGCAUCACUCAAUGAAUAAGAAUUUGAGUUUUGAUCACUUUUUUAGAAGCUAAAUUACAGGAUUUGUAAUGUUUUGAUACUCAUUAUACAAAACAUUUAACUAAACUUAAAAAAUAAUUUUGAAUAGGCCUGUGUUACAUGUUGUUGCUGUAAUGUGAAAAGACACAUCUAAAAUAAAAUGACGAUUCCAUAACAAUUCGCAAAACUGAUGAUAAAAUAAAAUACUGUAUUGUA